AUACUCUGCUUUUUUCCUUUUAUAUAAACUUACUCCUUAAAAGAAAAAAGGAUCGAAAAAAUAUUAUUUCAAUAUGCUUUCUUCUACAACACCAAAUUAUCAUGAGUUUUACAAUACUUCCUGCUUUCAACAUUUUAAGAAACGUCCAUUUGAUCAAAAUGACUUUGAUAUAGAACAGUCCGCAGAUAAUAUAUACAAAAAAUUUAAACCUACACCAUUAGAAUCUCUAAAUUCUUUAUCGUUUCAACAACCAACUUCUUGUACGACUCCUUCCCGUUCUUUUCGCUUGGGAACUAAUCAUUCAUCUUCACCUGACUUAUCUAAACUAAAUCAUGACGAACAAAAUUUACUUUCAGAUACUCCUCGAAUUAUCGAUUUAUCCACGGGAGAAUAUUUAGAAUUAAUUCCAUCCGUGGAUCAAUUACAAAAAAAUAGAAAACCAAAACGUCCUAUAGAUUCAGUUGAGAAUCAAGACGAAUUAUCAAAUUCCCUUGGAAUUAUGGAAGAAAAUAAAGAAGACUUGAUAAAUGAUAGUUUACUUCAUUCACCUAAAAGAAUUCGAACUUCUAAAGAACAUAUGUGUAAUUUUAUUGAAGAAGAGGAAGAAGAGGAAGAAGAACUUGAUCAUAGAGUUCAUAAACCCUUCGAUAUAAUAAGAGAACUUAAAACUGGAUAUAAAGCAAAUACUGCGGAUAUUCCGAAAAAACCUCAACUCUCUCAAUCCUUGUUAUUACAUGGUCAUGGAAAAUAUCCAAAUAUAAAAUUUACUGUUCCUUACCAAAAAGCAAUUACUAAAUAUAUGCGUGCACAAUUACAGCAUUUGAAUAAUAACAUGGAAUAUGGAAAUGAAGGGAAAGAAUUAAUUUUAUAUAAUCCAAGAAACGAUGGAUUUAAGGAUUAUUUUGUUGAUUCAAAUGAUAAGAUAUUUGAAACUUCUAAAGAAACAAUGGAUUUAGAUUUGGAUGGUCAUAAUGGUGAUGAUGAGGAUCAAAUGGACAUAGACUAGAUUGCUAAACCGAAUUGUGUAAAUUUU